ACAAAACAACACAACUUUUGGCGCGCACUGCUUGAGACGAGCGGAAGGAGCGUAAUUGAACCCCAUCCACGGCAAGUUUUGCGACAAACUCAGUGUUGUUCACCUGGCUGGCCUGCCUUCAACAAGCUGGCAAACGGGAAGGAGUGAAAGAGAGCAGAAUUAAAGAUGGAAUUCAAGGGUAGAAGGAUACGCAGAAGAAGAGAAAUUCUGAUUGAUGUUUCCUAUCCCUGUGGCAUUCAGUUCUACAGAGACCCACCAACAGGAGAUAUUCAACUGGUUGAAUUUGAUGAAAUUGCCUCUGAAAGGCUGAAAAUUUUGAGAGCUGUGGAGCGUUUGAAUCUGAGUGGUCAUAUGAAAAAUUCAGAUGAAUGGCUCAAUAAGCUGUAUGAAGAAUUUGCAAAGAACAAGUUUUUCAUCUAUAUGGCUGAAAAGGAUUCCAAAGAGAGAAUGGACGAAAUUCAGAAAGCCAGAAGGCAUGAUCAUGUGUCUCAUUUCAUCCUGCGGCUUGCCUACUGCCGUACUGAAGAUUUGCGUCGGUGGUUUAUUGCUCAUGAGACUGACCUAUUCAAGGCUCGCUUCCUUCAUGCUUCCAAAUCUGGUUCUGAUUUCAAAACUUUCUUGACAGCCAACAAUCUUCACUAUCCCACUAUAACAGAAGAAGAGAAGCAGAGGGAAAGGGAAAACCUAAUUGAUAGCAGUUUACACGUCAGUGGUGACAGUAUAGAUGGAAUGACAUUUUACAAGGUCCCAUUUACAGAGGCAUUGGAACUAGUAAGACAGAGAAGAGUGUUCCUGAAAGCUGGUCUUGCCUAUGUCCCAGAAGGUGACUUGGCCACCCUAGUCACAAGUUCCUUCAGGACCAGUCUGUCUCGUGCUCUAGCAACUGCAUAUAGAUAUUUGCCUGAGUUGGAAAGUGAUGAGCGUCUGGUAAGUCUCUUGCAAGACUUUGACAAGCGCUACACGGGCAAAGAUUACUCAUCCAGGAAGCCAGAUGACACUCAUAUCACUCCAGACAUGAUCGACAGCUUGGCCAACAAGUCUUUUCCACCUUGUAUGCGUCAGCUUAAUGACACAUUGAGAUCGACCCAUCACCUCAAGUAUAAUGGCCGCCUCACCUAUGGACUGUUCCUCAAGGCUGCUGGAUUAAGUCUGGAGGAUGCUCUGACCUUCUGGAGGUCUCACUUUCUACACAACAUGGAUGUUGACAAGUUUGAUAAAAAGUAUGCGUAUGGUAUCAGAUACAAUUAUGGAAAAGAAGGAAAGAGAACCAACUUUUCCCCCUAUGGGUGCAUAAAGAUCAUUAUGAGCAGCGUUGCACCAAGUGAUGCUCAUGGCUGUCCCUUCCGCCACACUGAGGUCCCCUUGCUGCGGCAGCGUCUUGCAGCCUACGGAGUGUCACAACAGGUUAUUAGUGAAAUCAUGGAUUUGGUAAGUAAACACCACUACCAAAUAGCCUGCCAACGUUACUGGGAAGCCUUGCAUGGUGUUCCCAUAGAGGAUGGCAUCAACCAUCCUAAUCAGUUCUUUGAAGAGAGCCAGAAGUUCCUGAAUGGAGGUGUCCUACCCAGCCAAGGAAAGAAGCAGCCAGAGGUGAAAACUACACCUUCUAUCAUGUAUUCUUCCCAGGCUUCCAGUCAGUCCACCCAGUUGUUAACAGACAAUUCAGUUGUCUCAGAAAUGGAAACGGACUUUGAUAAUGAAAUUGAAACUGCCAUGCUGGAGCAGUGUAUGGAAGGAUUAGAAUAAUAAAUUAAAGUCUUAUGUAAUUAUGU